AUAAUAUUGCUAAACAAGAACACGCAGUCGCCAUUUUGAGAAAUUAUACCUCCGUAGUCCUAUGUAGUUCUUCUGUUGAUAUCGAAAGAGGGGGAAAAGAAGAUAAACUGUCGCAAGAAACCAACAAGAAGACCAGAGCAGAGCACAGGCACAAACGUACAUUCAUUUUGAAUGCAGUAUUUUUCACAGAUUUCCCGAAUCAAAGAAAGCAUUUGACGAACUCACUAUGGCGAGAAUUAGAAAAGAAACUUUGUUUGGAUGGUUCCUUGUGUUGGUUGUAAGCAUUAGUAAUGUGUCUGCGACGACGUGUGCCAUCGACACCGAGCUGCCCGAGACUGCGGCGGGGAACAGCUACGAAUGUCCCGAUACUUUGGACGACGGGACAGAUAAUGAAUUUAAUCAAUGCUGUUACAAUGAUCGCCCAGAUGAAUCGGGCAAUUUUCAUUCUUGCUGUAAAGACGAGGCAGCGAAAAGUGCAGAAAAAAUGCAGGAGUUCUAUAACAUCUGCAUCAUGAUCGGAGCAAUCACGGGCUGCUGUAUGGCGGCUGUGUUCAUGUGUACUUACUGCGAGGAAGAUACCUUCCCUUGUCUCAAGAAACUCAAACGAGCCUGCAAGAAAUAUUACAACCUCUUCAUGGACGCUCUGUGCUUCUGCUCAUGUCUGCCAAAGAAACUUCGCCGCAAAGGAAACAAAGAUGGGCCACUAACCGAGUCAAAUCCACGAAACAAGCGAACAUUCGAUAAGCCGCCCUCUGUUGAUGACCAGGAACUAGUUGUGGACCCUUUCUGGGCCUAAAUGCUUAAUGAAAAUACAACCUCUUCUUUAAUAACAGUGGCGUAGAUGGGGUAGGGGGCCCCCCUCAAUGUUCGAAUACAUGCAACGACCCUGUGGAAUACCGUGAUAUGCCAAAUUUCCUUGAUUGUUUCCAUGUAUGCAUGUAGGAUAAGGUUCUGAUAAUUGGCAGAAAGAAUCUGCUAUUCAGGGAACAUCAUUUUGUUGACCCCACUGCCCA